GCUAAACUAAGGUCAAUGAAAAAAGACCAUUUUAUUAUAAAAGAGGCGAAACCAGCUAUAUCAGAUAUACAGCUACCAACGGGCUUGGAUAUUCUUCAACACUUAAUAUAUAACCAACAAUGUCAAUCUGCAUCAGUAUCUAAUAUAAUUGCUUGUCCUCUUAAAAAAAAUUUUUCAAGAUGUUCAGAUAGUUGCUGUGAAUGUAUUUUAUCUAAAAUCAAGAGAUCCUGGAUUAAAGCUGGAUUUGAUGUGUUAACUGAUUUAGUUUUAGUUAAGAAACAUUUUAAUUUGCACAAGUCUUAUUCCAACUUAAAAAAAAAUGCAAAACGAGGAACUAGUGGUGAUUUGGCUAAACAAAACGAAUUUGAGAUUGAAAUAAAAAAACUAUUUUGGGCUGGUAAUUCUAAUCUUAAAAACAUCAUCAGUCAAGAUAAAAAAAGAUCCCUUAGAGACAAGAUUGAAGAUUUAAAAUUUCUUGAAGAUCAGGAAGGUCAAAGAAAGUUUGUUAUUGGUUCAGAAGAUAUUAAGUAUAGAAAAAAGGCAAAAGAAAGUAUAAGGAAGAAAAAUUGUUUACAGCCUAUUAGUUUUGGAGAUGAUCUACCCAACGUUGAAGUUAUAGACACAGAUCCAAGUGAGGAUUCUUCAAUUGAAUCUGAUUUUGAUCCAGGCGAUUGGUAUCAUAUAGAAGUUUCUGAAAACCCAGACACAGUAAUUGCAAAAAUUCCGAAAGAUAUUUUUGCUGGUAAUGUUUCUCUUACUGCAACAGCCUGUGAUAUAUCACCAAAUGUUUUACAGAAAGUAACAAAUGCAAUUCUAUAUCAAUCAGGUGUUGACCUCAAAGAAGUUAAAAGCAGUCAGUCUACCGCAUAUAGAAAAAUGAAAAAAGAAAACAAACACAUAUCAACCAUUGCAAAAGAAGAUGUUAAAGUAGCCAUUGAUGCAUCUCCAUAUCCAUGUAUAAUUCAUUUUGAUGGCAAGACAUUGUUUGAACUGAACAAAAGGAAAAUAUUAAAGAGGGAUAGAAUGGCAGUUUUAGUUAACAUUAAUGGAGAUUCUUACCUACUUUGGAGUACCUCCACUGUUAUCAUCCACCGGUGAAGAUCAGUUUUGUGGUAUAAUAGAUUUAAUUAAAGAAUAUCAACUUACAUCAAAAACUCGAGGAAUAUGCUUCGAUACAACAUCAUCCAAUACUGGGACAAAUAAAGGAUCUGUUUCAAGAAUAUCUAAAGAAAUGGAUAAAUAUCUCCUCCAAAUAGCCUGUAGACAUCAU